AUGCCGCACGCCGAGGCUCAACUAUACCAAUAUUCUCAUGUCCAGGAGACAAAAGAGAACUUAGAAUGGGCAGACCUUCCUAAUAUUGAUCUCUCCAAGUACGGAACUGAGCAAGGCAAUGCCGAGCUGGCGGAGACGCUAAUCGAAGCCAUCCGUACCAAGGGGUUCUUUUACGUGACAAACUACGGCAUUUCCCAAGAAGCGGUGGACAAGCAGUUCGCCCUGGGGCAGGCAUUCUACGAGCUACCGCUCGAGGAGAAGCUCAAGUAUGUCCCCGACCUAGACUCGGGAGACUACAAUGGCUACAGACCGGCCGGACGACGUGUCCUUAGUGGGGGUGUUGUAGAUAAGACCGAAGUCUGGAACAUGGCAACCAAGGACGGACACAUCACCCAGCCCGUCCCACAACUCCUGAAGGAGAAUCUGGAAGAGAUCGAGAGCUUCGCCAAGGAUCUCCACGACAAGGUGCUCGACCCGCUGAACCACCUCAUCGCCCUGGCGCUGGAGCUGCCGCCGGACUUCUUCACCAAGGUGCACAGGUGGGAGACGCACGACGAGUCGCACCUGCGGUACAUGAAGUACUCCAAGUUCUCGGCGCGGGAGAUCGAGCAGCUGUCGGACGGGCUCUGGUCGCGCGGCCACACGGACCUGGGCACCAUCACGCUGCUGUUCCGGCAGCCCGUCGCGGCGCUCCAGAUCCGGGACCACGACACGGGGGACUGGAAGUGGGCCAAGCCGCUCGAUGGCAGCCUGACCGUCAACACGUGUGAUGCGCUCAACUUCUUGACGGGGGGGUACAUCAAGUCUACCAUACACCGGGUAUCCGUGCCACCGAAGGACCAAAGACACGUGGACCGGUUAGGCCUGCUUUACUUCGCGCGGCCGCAGAACGAUCUUUCGCUGAAGACCAUCGAUUCGCCGGUGCUGAAGCGCGCCGGGUUCACGCAGAAUGAGUUCGAGAAAGGCGGGCAUCCGGUUCCGACCAUGGGCGAGUUCACCACGCUGAAGCAGCAAUGGCAACAGAGGAAAGGAACGAGCUACGAGUCAAGCGAGGGGCAGCAAAUAUUGCCUGGAUUCACUGGGCAGUACUUCAAGUAA